AUGAGCUACUACGGCAACUGCUGUGGAGGCCUGGGCUAUGGCUAUGGAGGCUUCAGUGGCCUAGGCUGUGGCUGUGGCUGUGGCUGUGGUUCUGGCUAUGGAAGCUACGGCUAUGGUUCGGGCUAUGGUGGCUACGGAUGUGGCUGCUGCCGCCCGUCCUGCUGUGGAGGAUAUGGAUUCUCCAACUUCUACUGA